AUGGCCCGCAGCUCUCAGGUGGCGAAGAAAGUCAUGCGGUGCAAACUUCAGCUCUCAGACUCAGCAGAGCCUGCGACGAUUGUUAAGAUCUUACAGAAACUCAAGGAUCUGGAUAUCACAUUAGACAUUCUUGCUGAAACUGGAAUUGGCAAAGCGGUUAAUUCCUUCCGCAGACAUAAGCAGGCUGGAGAAUUUGCCAAGUCGCUAGUUAAAGGCUGGAAAAAACUGGUCCCCAAGGGUUCCACAAGCCACGGAGAAGAUAUGAGUUUGUCAGAGACCGUUUCUGUCAAACACAAACUGGAUGACCGAGGCUCUCCAGAUAAUGGACGCUGGGCAAUGGAAGGUGUAAACAAUUAUUGCUUAACAUCUUACAGCAAGAAUCAAGAUUCUUCAGAUGAAGCCCCCUUCGAAACAGGGAACAGGAGAGCAGAUUCAGAGAAAGAACGAUGUGAAAAGCGGAAAAGAAAAAUGGACAAGGACGUAAAUCACAACAUAGUUCAACAAGAAAAUCAGACUGUCUUUGAGAAUGACAUUUUGAGAAAGAAAACUGAAAUCCAAGAGGACAAAAGUGACAAUGCUGCUGUAUCCAAGAGGAAGAAAAACAGUCUGAGUGACAGAAAACCAGAAGACAGAGAUGAUUUGUUUGAAGACAAAAGCUUAGAGGACACUCAUCAAAAAUCCAGAUUUGAUUCCCUUGAGAAAAGAAGUACGUCUGAGAGUGGAAGAUUAGGAUCAAAUACAAAAUCAAAGCCUUCAAGGGAAACCAAAGAAACUUUUUCAUUUGAGUGCAGUGAUGCAUCCUCAAAAAUGAUAAAACAAGCCAAAGAUGACAGAUGUUCAGGAAUAUCGAGGAGCUCAGAGGCCAAAGAGAGGAGAGAGAAAACAGCACAAAAGAAGCAGAACAAAAAGGUCAAAACAAAGCACAAUGACAAAGAGAGCACAAGAGACCAGGAGCAGCCCUCCAUGUCCUUUGAAUCAUGCUUGAACUAUGAUGUGAAUGUUUUCAAGAGGAAAGAACAAUCUGCAGUAAAGAAACAUCCAAAAAAGAUUAAGAUGGUUGUAAAAGAGCCACAAACAAAAGAUCCUGACAUGAAGCCUUUCCAGUCACCUCCUACCUCUCCUAAACAGGUGUUUCAGGACUCUAUGAUGCACCUGCUGAGCAUUCCUUUACCUGCUGCUCUGCCUGAAAUUGAAAAGCCAUCCACCGUGGAGUACUUUGACAGGAACGUAGAGAAAGAGUCAGAUUUCUGUGACGCCUCUGAGGAGUCUGCAGUCUUCACUGGCCAGCGACUGAACAGCAAGAUGCAAGUGUACUCUGGUGCCAAGACGGCUUUCCUGCCAGCUAUGAUGAGCCUGCACCAGCAGUGUAUCCGCACGCUCCAGAACAAUAUCAACUUGCUUUAUGAGACUGGUGGAGUCCCGUUUGAGCUGCUGGAGCCGGUGUUGGAGAGGUGCACACCGGAGCAGCUGCUACGCAUUGAAGAAUGCAACCCAAUCUACGUUGGUGUAACAGACCAUUUAUGGGGAAAACACUGUCAGAGGGACUUCAAAGAAGCCAGACUUCAAGAGUAUGAAUCAUGGAAAGAGAUGUACAUCAGGCUGUCAGAGGAGAGGGAGAGGAAAUUACAAAGACUGACAAAAACUAUUGUCAUGGCACAUUCUAAGAAACCGAAAGGUCGGCAGGUGAAGAUGGCAUUUAUUCACACUGUUGCCAAGCCACCGAGAGAUGUGCGAAUUCAGCAGGAAAUUCAUGGAACUGCUGUUCAGCAGCCUCAUCAGCUCAGGUGCAGUGUCAAAGUUCAGGACCACCGAUCGAGGGCGGUUUGUAAUGAACCCAGCAGGUCCAGCAGCACCAGUUCAGGGGGAAGCAAUACACAAGACCCUCGUAAAAAAACAAGAGUUGCUCCGAUGAUGGCAAAGUCCCUAAAGGCAUUUAAGAAACAGCUGGGACGCAGAUAAAGGCCUGUGUAUGAUGCUGAGCGUGGAUGUGCAGCAAAUGUUCAAUAACUUAGAACUGUAUGAGGCCUGUUUUCACCUUUAGGUUAUUCUGUGUUGUUUGUCUAACUAUAGAGGCAAUAAGGGAACUGCCAUGUUUUUUUCUGUGAAUUGUCUUCACUAUUAAAUGGACAAUGAAGUCAGCAAA